AUGGAGUUGGUCACAGCUAAUGUCUCCUAUCCUGGUAUCGCGGUAAUUACCAUCAAUCGCCCUGAAAGAAAGAAUGCCGUCGACCCUCCAACUGCCAAAGCACUCUAUGAAGCCAUAUGCGCCUUUGAAGAUGACCCACGCCAGAAAGUGUGUGUCUUGACUGGCGCUGGCAGUUCAUUCUGUGCGGGAGCCGAUCUUCACAGUAUUGGCCAGAACACCUCAGGUGAGAACCUGCAGCUGGUGAAAGGUCGGAAUUUAGGGCCCAUGGGUCCUUCCAGGCUCACCGUUCGAAAGCCUGUGAUAUGCGCGGUGUCUGGAUACGCUGUUGCAGGAGGACUUGAAUUGAGUCUACUAGCAGAUCUACGUGUUGUAGAAGAAGAUGCGGUGUUUGGUGUCUUCUGUCGACGCUGGGGUGUGCCUCUGAUAGACGGAGGCACAGUUCGUCUGCAAGCCAUUGUUGGUCUCGGUCGUGCGCUAGAUAUGAUCUUGACUGGUCGACCUGUCACUGCCCAGGAGGCGCUUGCAAUGGGACUUGCCAGUCGUGUGGUUCGGAAAGGAGAAUCAUUAAGGGUCGCUAUUGAGCUAGCACAGCAGCUCAUCGCAUUCCCAGAGCUUUGUCUCAACACAGACCGGCAGUCAUGCUACUACAGUGCUUUCGAUGCUACCUCUUUCCAAGAUGCCAUGUCGCAGGAGUUCAAGUCUGGGAGCAAAGUGAUUACAGCAGAGGCCAUUGCGGGUGCAGCCAAGUUCAGCAAAGGCGCAGGGCGACAUGGCAGCUUCCAAGAUUCCAGCAAGCUGUAG